AAGGAUCUCACACCCAGGAAGGAAAAUUCUGAUAGCUUUUAAGUUAAAUCAACAAUAUCUUUAUAACAGUAUAAAUAUCAGGUUCCUUAUCUCCCAUGUAUUUCUUAAAAUAAUAUUUAAAUACUUAUUUUUAUGAACAAUGCUCUGUGGUAAAUUAUACCACACACUGCAAUACAAUGAUGAUUAAAAAACUGAACAGGCUUCCUAAAAACCCUGAUAUUUAACAUAAUGUGAUCAUUUAGAAUGGAUAUCAAAUAUUGUUAACUAUAAGGAUUAUAAAAGUUAUAUACAUUUCAGUUUUGAUAUUUUUAAGUGUCAACAUAUAACCUUUAUUUAUUUUUUUAUGCUUUGUAAUGUUUUACUUUUUAAUAAUUUCUGCAAAGCAACAAUAUUUCAUUAUGAACGUAUCCCAUAUCUUGUAACAACAUAUAGUAUGUUUGUUUUGCACGUGCAAUAACGCAAGAGGUCAAGGUUUUAUGUAGAAAUUCACAUUAAAAUCGAUUGAAAGGCCAUCGUGAGGUAUGAAGUCAAACCCUCCCGUGCUGAAGGUGGAGCACUACAUCAACCUCCACGCGUUUCUCCGCAGGAUCUCCUUGAAGAAGACACACAUGCACCUCCGAGAGCCGGUUAUUUUUGCUAAAUAAACUCCGUGGCUCCUCCGUCCAGACAGCAUCAGGAGAUGCCUCGGUACGAGCUGUGUGUGAUCCUGAAGGCGAUGCAGAGGCCGGAGACUGCGGCGGUGCUGCGGCGCACGGUGGAGACGCUGCUCGCGCGCGGCGCAGUGGUCCGGAGUCUGGAGAGCCUCGGCGAGCGCAGGCUGCCCUACAAGAUCUCCAAACACGACUCUCGACACACGCACGGAGGAUACUUCUCCGUCGACUUCCACGCCUCGCCGAGGAUCGUCAGCGAGCUGCUGGAUCACCUCGAGCGGGACAUUGACGUGCUGCGCCCGACAGUCCUAAAGAAAGACCCCGAGCGUCCCCAGGCGCAGUGCUGCGGAGCACAGGCGGCCAAACCAAAGACUGCCACCUCCAGAUAAACGAGAGCAUCCCUGGCAGAGGACUAGCAUUGCUUAAUUUCAGGACUGUGAAGAUGUGCUCAUCUGCUGGAUUAUGUGAAUGGACUUUUGAAACAAGACGUCAGCAUCCUUUUUAUAGUUCAUGCAUUUAUGUCAGCUAAUUAUGUAAUGUGUGUUUCCACAAAUAACAUAUGACCUCUUUGCAGGAUCAGCAGUUUUGGAGUAUUUAAUUUUAAUAUGACAAAUGCUACUUUGAUAAUUACGUGCUCAUAAAUAAAUAAAAUAUAAACAUUAA